AUGGAAAUUCCGAGGGGUGGGCCUAGACGUCGUGGUGGGGGUGUAAGAGAAGGUAGAACUGGUGAUAGGGACAGGUUCCGUCCCAUAGAGGAGCUUUAUGAUGAUGAUGUAGAGUCUUCUAUCGGUGUACAACCUACUCCGCCCAUGGGUGAAAUGGCUGACCCUGGUCGUCUGUUGAGAUUGGCUAGAGACAUUAAUCAUCUGGGAGCAGCCAAGUUUCAUGGAAGCAUGGAUUACAUGGUGGCUGAUCAAUGGGUCGAGGAUAUGGAGAAUUAUUUCGAGAUGAUGGACUGUAAUGAGAUCGAAAAGAGGAAGUUAGCCACUUUCAUGCUAAAGGGUGAGGCUAGGGUGUGGUGGAAUUGUAUGCAAAAGACCAUUGAUGUGACCACCUUGACUUGGGAUGGUUUUGUGAGACUAUUCCGAGAGAAGUACUUUCCAGCUUCAGUGAGAGAAAAAUUGGAACGGGAGUUCCUCUCACUAACACAAGGGAAGAUGACGGUGACAGAGUAUGAGGCAGAGUUCUCUAGGCUAUAUAGGUUUGUGAAAUCAAUGGAUGCUGAGGAUUUGGCCAAGAAGUUUCAGCGGGGGUUGAAUGCUUCCAUUGAGCGUGAUGUGGCCAUUUUGGAACUGAAGGUCAUGAAGGAAAUUCUAGCAAAGGCUCUGAUCAUUGAGCAACAGAACUUGAUUCAUAAGGAGAAGGAAACAGCUGAGAGGGAUUUUCAGGGAAAGGGAAAGGCAGUGGCAGAGACAAAAGACUCAGUUCCACCAUCAGGCCCCAGCUAG